UCUGAUCCCCCGCCCCACCGUGAUUACUCCUACCGCCGAGGAGAAAUUUCCGCCUUGGAAACCCUCUCACGGUGGCCGGAGGUGGGGAGGUCGGGGCAGGCCCUCCCUCCAGCCACGAGAACACCCCUUCUCCAGCCCUAAACCCCAGGUGCCCAGUCUCUUUGCUCAGAGUACCCGCCUGUGAAACGGGAUUGUGCUGGUGGCCUGGAGGGCCGCUACUGGGCAUGGCGGGUGGGCAGGUUGGGGGAGGAGAUUGAGAUGGAUGUCAGGACACUGAGGCUGUGUCCCAGCAGGAGGAUGGCUCAGGAGAAGGGCGGAAGCCUGUGCGAGGCUUGGGCGCGGGUCGGGUCCAUGCACCGCAUCACGGACCUGGCCCACACGCUGCACUUCUAUGAACGCUGGGCUCCGAACUAUGACAAGGAUGUGGCCAGCCUGCAGUACCGCGCCCCCCGCCUUGCAGUGGACUGCCUCAGCCAAGUCUUUCCAGGCCCACCCCACGCCGCAUUGAUCCUGGACGUGGCCUGUGGCACUGGCCUGGUGGCUGUCGAGCUGCAGGCUCGGGGCUUCCUCCAGCUGCAUGGGGUAGAUGGGAGCCCAGAGAUGCUGAAACAGGCCCAGGCCCGUGGCCUCUACCAGCGCCUCAGCCUCUGUACGCUGGGCCAGGAGCCUCUGCCCAGCCCCGAAGGGACCUACGAUGCAGUGCUGGUGGUGGGUGCCCUCAGCGACGGCCAGGUGCCCUGCAGUGCAGUUCCUGAACUCCUGCGAGUUACCAAGCCAGGCGGGCUGGUGUGCCUGACCACCAGGGCCAACCCAUCCAACCUUCGCUACAAGGAGGCACUGGAGGUCACCCUGGACAGGCUCGAACAGGCCAGGCAGUGCAAACGCCUGGUGGCCUGGACUGUAGACCGUGGGAACUGGCUACCUCCAAGCUUGAGGAGGUGCCUAGCACUUCUGACACUGAUGGCUACAUCCCUGGCAUUGUCUACUUGUACCGAAAGCAGAAGGCGACCCAGGUUGAGGGAGUGAGGCCCAGUGCUCAGCCCCUAGCUGGCCUCUGACCCUCCCGGUUACCUGGGUCGGGCCUGCUCUUGGGCCUUCGUCUGUAAAAUGGGGCCACUGUACCAGCCCUCUCCUCGGGAGAGCUCUGCCUAUUAAAUGAGCCCCAGGAGGGGCAACAGCA